AUGCCCUUUGAGCAGGUGAAGGCGUUUGCCGAGCUUGCCGUGCGUCUUCCGGGGAUCGUUGUGGUGCCGGGGAUGCGGAUUCCACCCUGGGAACUUUGGAAAAGGUUUAGAAUGGAGAGACGAUUUAUUUAUUGCUCUGAAACCAAAGAGCCGGUGAAGUCGCGGCGGGAGCUCCUGCGUGUCGUGGCUUUUUGCUGCUUCUUCCACUGGGGCGAGUGCUUCAUCCUGCCGCCGUUUCGGAGCGAGACACCAGACCGAAGCCGCCUCGUUAGCACAAAUCUUGCAAUUAGUUAUGGCACCUGGAAUACUGGGGCCACCAACACUCAAGGUACCUACGCGACGAAUGCGACGAGCUGGCAAGGCUAUGAAGGCUACGACUAUUACAACACCCAAACCACCGCCGCUAAUACAGCGGCCACGUACAACUACGCCGCAGCCGCUGCCACUUCCAGCAGCUGGGAAACACCCAAGACUUCGGAUAUGAGCAUGAACGCCGACGUCAACGCCACCAUGCCCGUCCCCUCGUACGGUGCCGAGACUUCGGCAAACGAGAACUCGGAUUCCAUCAUAGCCAAGAUCAACCAGCGUUUGGAUAUGCUGUCGAAGGAGGGCAGCGGCGGGACAGGGGAGGGGAUGGAAGACCAGGAGAGCUCUUUCAGAUUCGAGUCUUUCGAAUCGUACGACUCGAGGUCUUCGAUGAACGACCGCGACAUGUACCGAUCCGGCUACGAUUACGGAGAAGUCGCAACCGAUCGAAACGAUUCCUUCGGGAGCCAGUUUGACAACCGCAGGGAUCAAUCUCGUAACCGAGGAAACAGCUACGGCCUCAUCCGAGGCCGGGGUCAAAACCGCGUUCAAAAUCGAGGCCGUCUGAACGCUUUCAACCGCACCGACCACUUCAUGCCUUCCUCCAGCUCCGAGCGCCUCUCGGCUCGUUGGAAUGAGUUGAACUACAUGGGUGGGCGUGGGAUGGGGGGUGCCGGAUCCAACAGGCUCCCUUCCCUCUUUUCCCAAGCCCUUGUGCCUGACUAUGGCAUGAUGGGGAUGUCGGGCAUGGGAAUGGGACGGUAUGGGAAUAUGCCGUACGGAAUGGGGAGGCAACGAAACAGAGACAGGAUGGGUACGCCCAAGAGAAGAGGUUUCCGAAACCGAUCGGGAGGGCGAUCGGACGGUGAGGGAGGAGGACGCAAGCGAAAACAGUCGCAAAGCGGCGAUGAGCCGGACAGCAAACAAGCAAAGAGCGACAGCGAAGGAGACGACACCGAGAACGAUGAGGGCGAAGGAGAGGAAAAAUCAGGAGAUGAAGCUGACAAAGCGUCUGGAGAUGGCUGUGAAGAUGACGACGAGGAGGUGAAAAAGAAGAGGGAGAAGCAGCGGAGAAGGGAUCGGAUGCGUGAUCGUGCCAUGGACAGAAUCCAGUUUGCCUGUUCCGUCUGCAAGUUCCGCAGUUUUGAGGAAGAGGAGAUCCAGAAACACCUCCAGAGCAAGUUUCACAAGGAGACCUUGCGAUACAUCGGUACCAAACUCCCGGACAAAACCGUCGAGUUUCUGCAGGAGUACAUCGUCAACAGGAAUAAGAAAAUUGAGAAACGGCGCCAGGAGCUGACCGAGAAAGAGGGAACAAAACAGAAGCCGGAUCCUUUUAAGGGUAUUGGCCAGGAACACUUCUUCAAGAAAAUCGAGGCGGCUCACUGCAUGGCGUGCGACAUGUUAAUUCCUGCGCAGAACCACCUUCUCCAGAGACACCUGCGAUCUGCCGAUCACAACAGAAACCGCAGGAUGGCUGCAGAGCAGUUCAAAAAGACCAGCUUACACGUCGCCAAGAGCGUCCUGAAUAACAAACACAUCGUAAAGAUGCUGGAAAAAUACCUCAAGGGAGAAGAUCCCUUUACGGAUGAAAUCACGGAUCAGGACGUGGAUGAAACGGAAACUUUGGAAGCCGGAGACAGCGUCGGGGAAGGAGCGACCGUAACCGCCGCCGUGGAGGUUCCGCAGGAAGGAGAAGGAGGAAUCGGAGAAAAAUCAGCAGUUGCCCCCCGAAAUGAAACUGAGGGUUGGGCUGGCAAAGAGGAGGAGGAGGAGGAGAAAGAGGAAAACGGGAACGAGGCGGCAGCUGUGGCCGCCUGCAGCGAGGAGGAGGAGGAGGAAGAGGAGGAGGAAGAGCUCCCCCAGCGGCUGCGGAGCCGCAGCCGGAAUAACUGUGAAUAUUUGCGUGAAG